AUGAAGGCGGUUCUUCAGCGAGUCAAGUCCGCCUCGGUCACCGUCGACGGCCAACAGAUCUCCUCGAUCGGUCGUGGAUUAUUGGUCUUGGCGGGCGUGGGGAAAGAAGACACGGAGAAAGAUAUGGAUACGAUGGUCGGGCGCAUAUUGAGGGCUAAGCUGUGGCCAGCAGAUGAGGAUGGCGGACAGUGGAAGAAGAACGUGCAGGACAUUGAGGGAGAGGUGCUCUGUGUGUCACAAUUCACACUCUACGGCGACAUGAAAAAAGCCAAACCCAAUUUCAACGGAGCCGCCGACGUCGAAACCGCACGCCGACUGUACGACUAUUUCUUCCAGAAAAUGCGUGCUGCCUACAAACCCGAGAGGGUGCAAAACGGCGUCUUCCAGGCUAUGAUGGAUGUCGACCUACGAAACGAUGGGCCGGUGACGAUCGAAAUCAGCACAAAACUGCCCCCGAGCGAGAAAAAGGAGAAGAAGAAGGAAAGCGACGAGUCAGCGGAAGGCGAGAAGAAGUCGUAUGAGUUCAAAUUGCCGGCUUCGCUUUUGGAGUAA